CUCUCUCUCUCUCUCUCUCUCUCUCUCUCCUAAUAUCUCCCUCUCCUCGGUCCUCGCUGCCCCGUGCCAUGCUGCUACUGCUCCCUCCUCCCCUCUUCUAGUCUUCUUCCACCUCCUCCUCUAGCUACUUCCAUCUCUCUCUCUCUCCUCUGUCUCUCCUCCCAUCUCAUCUCCUGUUGUAGCCCACACGAGUCGUCGCGUCUCCUCUCUCUAUCGCGCGCGCGCGGGCGCGGGCACGAGACCUUCCUCCAACAAGGAGGGAGCUGAGGAGGCCGGGAGGAGGGGUGCACAGGAGGCGGCGCGCUAGGCCGGGCCGGGCCGGCCGGGCGGAUGGCAUGAGCCGGCGGCGGCCCGGAUGGUCCCGGCUCGGAACCUGCAGCAGCUCCACCGCGACGCGCAUGCCACGCCCUGCGCCGCCGCCGCAGCGGGCAUCGGCGUGACCACGGCGCCGCCGAGCCACAUGGCCCAGGAGCCCAUCGACCAGCACCACCACGAGCCGUCCAAGCCGCCGCCGCUGCCGCCGCCGCAGGAGAGGCAGGCGGACCACCACCACGAGGCCCGCGCCAGGGGGGAGGCUCCCGAGCCGCUGGCGCUGCGGCCGCUCCAGACCGCCGGCAGCCACCACCAGGAGGCCGCGGGCACCAGCGGCAGCAGCAGCAGCGGCGGGAGCAGUAGCGGAAACGGCGGCGCCGGGGACUGGCUCCGGCUCGGCCUCGCCCCGUCGUCCCCCCGCGCCGGCGCCGGCGCCGGCGCCGCGGGCUCGCAGCUCGGCGCCUUCGCGGACCGCGCGGCGGGGCCGCCGCCGUUGCUGCUGUCGUCGCAGCCGCAGCCGCGGAGGACGGCGACGGCGGAGGCGUUGCCGGGCAUGGGCGUGCCGCCGGGUUCCUUCCUUCGCCAGGCCGCGCCCGGCAUUCCGCAGGCGUCGAUAACCCUGCCCGUGCCGCGCGCCGGGCCGCCCUGGCUGCCGCCAUGGAGCCCCGCGGCGGCGCCACCGCCGCCGCUGAUCCCGUUCGGGCACCGCGCCUUCUACACGCCCGGCGCCGGCGCCUCCGGCCUCGACGCGAUCAGGGUCGUCCUGCCGCCGUCCGCCGUCGCCGCGGCCGCCGGCGUCUGGUUCGCGCUCCAGGCCGCGCCCCACCAAGGGAGGGAGCCAUUCUUGCCUCAGAUUCCGAGGAGCUACCUACGGAUCAAGGACGGGAGGGUGACGGUGCGGCUGCUGAUCAAGUACCUCGCCGGCAAGCUUGGGUUGGAGGACGAAUCGGAGGUGGAGAUCACGUGCCGAGGGCGACCGCUCCCCGCGUUCCUGACCCUGCAGCAUGUCCGAGACGGCAUCUGGUGCCAGGGCGACGCCGCCGUCUCGCCGUCGGUGGUGGCGCCGGACAUGCCAGCCGCCGCUAACCACGUCAUGGUUUUGCAGUACGGCAGAAGACCGUAGUAGGCAGGCAGACAGACAGACCACCAACCGAUGACAGUCACUCACGGAAAAUGUAGAUCCUGGCAAUAUUCUGCCCCUCCUAACCCAUUGUCGGCACGGGCUGUUGCCAGGCCGGCAAUAGGCGGCAUGACGGACGACGACGAGCUCCCGACCGCCUGCGCGCCGCCGAUGAAUGAUGAUCUGCUGAAGAACCACAGGACAUGUGCGAAGCUUUUUUCCCCCGCGGCGACGGGUCGGCGCGACAGCUCAUCGGCGCACCGGAGGCUGUUUCUCUCCACACAAGUGCUGGAGAGAACAUGACAGCUUGGAAGUUGCCUGACAAGAGAGCUGUGACGGCAAGGGAGUUCAGCCCACUGAAGAGUAGUGACUUCCAAGCCAUUUUGGCCCUUUUUCACUUCACCUGAUCUACUAAUUAAUCUCCAGAGUUGAGCCGUGACGUUUUUGUUAAUCCCCCUGCUGCUGGCUUCUGUUCUUUGUUGUGGAAGCAGCACGUCGUCAGUUUAAUUGUUCUCAUUGCUAAAGGACCUGUCUCUCAGAGGGCAAACUAGACAUCUCACUGAGAAUUCAUUGAUUCAUGACUUGACACCCCCCCCCCCCCCCCCCCCCAAGAAGAUCUUUGUUCCCUUUGGUUGGUUAUUAAUUCAGUGGUUUGUGCCACAGCAAUUCAGUUGUAGCACCUCUCAUGUCUGCACAAUUUGCCCUCCUUUUCUAUUUAUUGGAAAAAAAUUCAGCAA